AUGUGGGCCUUUUUAAACUCCAGCUUGUUCUUACCCAUAUUGCUGUAUUACCACUUUCCAUGUUCUGUGUCCUCCCUUUAUUCCUCCUCGUGUCAGUUACAGGGACAGUUUCAUCUAAAUGAGCUGCACAAAGCUGGAGAUGUGAUUCUGGGUGGGCUGUUUCAGAUCCACUUCUUUUCUAUCUUUCCUGACUUGUCUUUUACCUCAGAGCCACAACAGCCUACCUGCCACGGUUUUGAUGUUCUAGGAUUAAGGCAGGCCCAGGCCAUGGCUUUUGCUAUUGAUGAAAUCAACAAAAACCCCAACCUGCUACCUAAUGUGACUCUGGGAUACAGUCUGUAUGAUAACUGCCUCAAUCUAGGAAUCGGAUUUCGUGCAGCAUUGUCAUUAGCCAGUAGUCAAGAGGAGCAAGUUAAAUUAAAUGAGACCUGUGUAGGAAUCCCUCCAGUCAUAGGGAUUGUGGGUGAUUCUUCAUCUUCAAGUUCUAUUGCCAUUUCCACUGUUCUAGGUUUGUACAGAGUACCUAUGGUGAGUUAUUUUGCCACAUGUUCCUGCCUGAGUGACCGGCAAAAGUUUCCAUCCUUCUUUAGGACAAUUCCAAGUGAUGCUUUCCAGGUGCGUGCUGUGAUUCAGAUUCUGAAACACUUCAGCUGGACUUGGGCAGGUCUACUGAUCAGUGAUGAUGACUAUGGACUAUAUGCUGCCCGAUCCUUCCAGUCUGACUUGGCUCAGUCUGGUGGAGGUUGUCUGGCCUACUUAGAGGUUUUACCCUGGAGCAAGGACACAGCUGAACUAAGGAGGAUUGUGAAAGUAAUGAAGAAAUCCACAGCUCGUGUGGUCAUUGUGUUCGCACACGAGAGUCACAUGAUUGACCUCAUGGAAGAGGUGGUGAGGCAGAAUGUGACCGGCCUGCAGUGGAUAGCCAGUGAAGCAUGGACAUCAGCUACUGUGCUGCAGACCCCUGACCUCAUGCCAUACCUGGGUGGCACACUGGGCAUUGCCAUUCGUCAAGGAGAAAUACCAGGGUUCAGGGAUUUCCUGUUACAAAUACGCCAUGAACUACACCUGAACACCAACAAUGUGUAUUAUAGACUGGUGUAUUAUUUGGAAAAAGUCAACUUCACCACAUCAUUUGGAGAUCAAGUGUCAUUUGAUGAGAAUGGUGAUGUAUUACCAGUAUAUGACAUCACGAACUGGAUGUGGCUCCCUGAUGGAAGAACUCAGGUUCAGAGUGUGGGUGAGGUGAAGAAGUCACCUCUCAAAGGUGAAGAACUCACACUUGAUGAGGAUAAAAUCUUCUGGAACUUUGAGUCCAAAAAGCCACCCCGGUCAGUGUGUAGCGAGAGCUGUCCACCAGGUACCCGCAUGGCAAGAAAGAAGGGGGAACCUGUGUGCUGCUUUGACUGCAUCCCUUGUUCUGAGGGAAAAAUCAGCAAUUGUCCAGAGGACUUCUGGUCCAGCCCCCAGCGGGACCACUGUGUUCCUAUGGAAACAGAGUUCCUCUCCUACCAUGAGCCUCUGGGUAUUUGCUUGGCAGCUACAUCACUGCUGGGCACAUUUUUCUGUGCUGUUGUCCUAGGGAUUUUUAUCUAUCAUCAGCAAACACCUAUAGUACGUGCCAACAAUUCAGAACUUAGUUUUCAGCUAUUGCUGUCACUUAAAUUAUGUUUCCUUUGUUCAUUGCUGUUUAUUGGACGUCCCACACUGUGGACAUGCCAACUGAGACAUGUAGCAUUUGGCAUCAGUUUUGUGCUUUGCAUCUCAAGUAUCUUGGUCAAAACCAUGGUGGUUCUGGCUGUGUUCCAGGCUUCUAAACCAGGAGGUGGAGCCAGUCUGAAGUGGGUUGGUGCUGUGCAACAGAGAUGGACAGUUCUGGUUCUUACAUGUGUUCAAGCUGCAAUCUGCACUGCUUGGCUUGUCUCUGUUUCACCAGCUCCAUAUAAAAACACUCAAUACUACAAUGACAAGAUAGUUUAUGAGUGUGUAGUUGGGUCCACAAUUGGUUUUGCAGUGUUACUGGCCUAUAUUGGCUUUCUUGCUCUCCUCAGUUUUCUGUUAGCAUUUCUAGCAAGAAACCUUCCAGACAGCUUCAAUGAGGCUAAACACAUCACUUUCAGCAUGUUGAUCUUCGGUGCUGUAUGGGUGGCAUUUGUCCCUGCCUAUGUAAGCUCUCCAGGGAAAUAUGCAGAUGCAGUGGAGGUAUUUGCCAUCCUGGCCUCGAGUUUUGGCCUCUUGGUGGCACUGUUUGGACCCAAAUGUUACAUAAUCCUGGUAAGGCCAGACAGAAACACAAAGAAAGCAAUCUUGGGUCGGGGCAUAAACUCAUAA